AUGGCUACUGACUGGCAACCCGAGUGCCUUGUGCCUCAGAACCAGCCGUCACUGGAUUCUGUGAGAGCUCAUUCUGAUCGAGCUCUUCAGAAUACCUCUGGGAAUGUUCAGUCAUACGCAGACCACCUGGCUCAUGGUGAUGUUGCCACUCGUGAAGAGCAAUUGCAACAGCUUGGCUUCAAGUAUGCUCAUGCCCCUCAUCAUUCCCAGCCCAUGUCCGGUCCCAGCUUGCACAAUCACCAACAUGUAGCAGCUCGUCUACAUGCUCGCAAGAUGCGUCGCCUUCACUCUGUUACUCCUAGUAGCUCUCAGUCCCGACGGGCGAGAAGCAGCUACCUCAAGUCCCAAAAGUAUUUGGAGUACCGGGCCCGGCCUCGACGGGAUACAGGGAAGGAUGGUGAGCCAGUGUGGUCUGAUGAGUUGGAAGAUGCUUUCCAGCAGGCUCUCGAAGCAAACCCUCCCAUGGGACGCAGAAAGUGGUCCGAACGUGGAAAGUCGUACGGCCGCAACGAGCUUAUUGCUGAGUACAUCUUCAAGUUGACUGGCAAGCGAAGAACCCGUAAGCAGGUGUCCAGUCAUCUGCAGGUGUUGGAUUCUUUCCUCAAGGGUGAUCCUGAUUGGGAGCGACUUGUCCGAGAGACAUCGCCCGAGAGAUCAUCCAGUGUGCACAGCUCAGCACCAGGACCCAAAUGGAGAACAUCGAUGGAGCACCCUUCAGCCUCCAACCCCUACAGCGGCCACACUCAUUCUUCCUAUCAUGACAGCAUGCGGUCCAUGCAGCCUUACGCUGGUGACCUCCCUCCGCCCAACUACACCCUCGGAUCCAGCAUGCACGACGCCACUACGAGUUCCAUCCAUGGCUUCAGCUUCGAUAUGUGGGUUAGCGCUCCGCAGCAGGCCAACCAUGUUGACAAAGCACUGCACGCAUACACACGCCUCCAGGGUGACCUCCACCAUCCCGGUGCGCCUCCUAUACCUCUGGAGAAUUUGAGUGGAUGGCGGUCCUCUUUCCCCGAGCUCGCUUUGAUGGUCGAUGACAUUAACAACCCCAUCGACUGUGAUAUCAUCUUCAUGGAAGUCAACCUUGAGCUGAUGACCGAUUUCCCUCCCGCAGGAUCACGCCUCGGUAUUCAGCUUGAUCUUGACUAUGGCCACCCUACCGCUGGCGAUGUUCUAGGAGUUAGCCAGAUGGAUAACUGGACCUGCGGCACCCACAUCUACCAGGAUAGCCAGAAGAUCCACGAAACAAACCACGAACUUCCCAAGACCAACUCAACCAAGGUCAAGCCUCUCUUUGAAUCAUCAUGGUGGGCCAGGAUGUUCACUCAAUUGACCCAAGAAAAGCGCAUGGCCGAGGACUCUGGCCGCGCUCAAGAGGCAGAUGACCGUACUCGGCGCAUCCUUCGCUCUAUGACUGCAGUGCAGGAGCUGCGGGCCACAUCGCCCAGUUCCCGCCUUGCGAACCAAUAUCAAGGUCAUGGCGACGACAGCAAGCGCAUGGCGAUUCUUGUCUGGAAGUUCCGUCAAACUCGCCCCGGUGAGGUCGGCACCACAACUUGGAGACGCCUACUCCAAGCACCCGACCGCACUACUACCAACAGCCCCCGUCCUGCCGCUGGUGUCGACCUUCCUCCACUCUCUUUGGACUCUAUCCUCCUCAAGCAGCCCUCCCACCAGAGCGUCUACCAGGCUCCUCAGCCCCAUGACCUCAUUACCCAGGGUCAAUCUCACAACCAGUGGCCCAUGUACUCCUCAUCCCACGAUAACGUGGCUAAUCUGUUUAAUUCUAAUGGUCAACUCGACUUCAUGUCUUCCAUCACCAAGCCCGAAGACAGCCUCAACGACAAAACCGCCGUUACUUCAGUCCUGGACUCCUUCUCCACCAGCCUCGCACCCGAAACCGCCCCAUCCACCAGCCUCCACAGCUCCACUGGCGCCCCUGUCAUGCUGAACGUCCAUGACCUUCCCAUGGCACACCCAGGCAUGGGCUAUAACAUGGGCCACGAUACAUCUCACUACGUGCCCGCGCAACAGCACCCCGUGAUGCACGAUAGCAACAGCGUGCUCAAUGGAUUCUUUGGCUCGAAUGCCCAGGCCCUCGAAGACCUCGGCCACAGCCAGGCCUCAUGGGGUGCUCACUCUGCUUCAAUCCCCGGCGAUGUCGGUAGCAGCUACCACCAUCUUCCUUACCAGGAGCACCAUGGCUCUGUGCCGCGCGACUCGCAGCAGCCCCAUCACUUCGAUAUGACCUUGCCAUCGGAGGAUCUGAUGGAUAAGAUUGUCGGACGCAUGUCUCAUGGUCCUAAUAUGCAUGGGGCGGGCCCCGAUGCCAAUUCCAGCUAUGGAGAUAAUACCUCUGUGGACGCGGUAUAA